AUGUCCUCUCCGCAUUCCACAUCUCGCCGCAGUCUCUUCCGGCCCUGCAUCGAUCUGCAUGGGGGACAAGUGAAGCAGAUUGUAGGAGGCACACUCUCCGACGAGAAUCCUGAAGACUUGAAAACGAACUUUGUGGCAACCAAACCGCCCUCCGAGUUUGCACGGCUAUACAAGGAACAUGGACUUGAAGGGGGACAUGUGAUUAAACUCGGUCCAGGGAAUGACGAAGCUGCGAAAGAGGCUUUGGCAACUUGGCUAGGCGGUCUGCAGAUCGGUGGGGGAAUAAAUGCGAACAAUGCGGAAGAAUGGCUGGAUGCGGGUGCUAGUAAAGUUAUUAUUACCUCGUACCUCUUCCCGGGCGGAAAGUUUGAUCUCGCAAGGCUUAAGCAUAUAUCGGCUUCAGUAGGUAAGGAACGAGUGGUGGUAGACGUGAGGAGAGACGGAAAGUGGAUGGUGGCCAUGAACAAAUGGCAAGAUAUUACGGACAUGGAAGUCUGCAAAGAAUCCUUGAAUUUGCUUUCGGAAUAUUGCAGUGAAUUUCUCAUUCACGCGGCCGAUGUCGAGGGUCUGUGCCAAGGCAUAGACGAAGAGCUCGUCCAGAAGCUCGGAGAAUGGGUUAAUAUCCCCACAACAUAUGCUGGAGGCGCGAAGGACAUAUCCGACUUAGACUUGGUCGAGAGGCUUUCCCAUGGGAAAGUCGAUCUAACUUAUGGCAGUUCCUUGGACAUCUUUGGUGGUAAUCUUGUUAAGUUCAGCGACCUAGUGGAGCGAAACAAGAGGGUACUUCAGAAAGAGCAGCACGGAGUUUGA